AUGACCGUCACAGCAAUCAACAUAGAGGAGGUCAAAGCCUCAGUGGAUGCUACUUUGAAAGCAAUAAACAAGGAGCUGCGAGAGUUGAACCAUAAGAUCUGGUCAAAUCCCGAGCUUGCCUACCAGGAGCACGGUGCUCACGAUGCAAUCUGCGAUUUCCUCGAGAAGCAGGGCUUCACAGUUACUCGCCAUGCCUACGGUCUUGGUACUUCCUUUGAAGUCUUGAGUGGCAAUGGUGGCCGUUUAAUCAAUUUCAACGCAGAGUAUGAUGCUUUGCCUGACAUUGGCCAUGCAUGUGGCCAUAACCUCAUCUCAACCAGCAGCGUUGCUGCUUUCGUCGCUUUGUCAUUGACCAUAAAGAAAUUUGGUAUUCAAGGGCGAACCCAGCUACUAGGCACCCCGGCAGAGGAGAAUGGAGGUGGCAAGGAAAAGCUCAUCGACGCCGGGGCCUACAAAGGGGUCGAUAUCUCCCUGAUGGCUCAUCCUGGACCCCAGAAGAUGUAUCCCGACCAGAAGUGCUGUGGAAUUGCCGGGACACUCAUGAAUGCUAGGAAGAAUGUUCAUUGUGAAUUCACAGGACGAAAUGCGCAUGCGGGUGGCAAUCCUUGGGAGGGUAUCAAUGCAUUGGACGCAUUGAUAUCGUCCUAUAACAACGUGGCAGUUUUGAGACAACAGCUGCUUCCAGACCAAAGAAUUCAUGUUGCUUUCUUGGACACACCCAAGGUUGCGAAUGUGAUUCCUGCGUACACAAAGGCGUUUUGGCAAGUACGGAGCCCUACUUUGAAGGGAUUGAAUACUCUUAUUGGCAAAGUACGAAACUGUAUUGAGGCGGGAGCAUUGGCUACAGGUUGUCAGGUCAAGAUUGAGGAAGAUGAGCUAUAUACCGAUGUCCGGCUGAAUGAUAUGCUCUGUGAGCGAUACCAAGUACACAUGGGACGCUACGAUCGUGAUGUACUCAAGCGACACGAAAAAGUAUUGACGGGAUCAUCUGAUAUCGGCAAUGUCAGCUAUGAGACUCCUACUCUUCAUACCAUGUUUGGCAUCCCUGCACCCGAAACAUCGUAUCCUCAUCACCCGACAUUCGCAGCUGCAGCUGGAACAGAUGAAGCUCAUGUUGAGGCAGUCAUCGUUGGGAAGUCCUUGGCUUUGAUUGGAUGGGACAUGGUCACUGAAGAUGCUUUGUAUAACACAGCACGGAGCCAGUGGCAAGAGGAGAUUGUUAGGGGUGAUGAUGCCCAGGUGCAGAUUGCGUAG